CAAGCAGACAAAAUCAUGGAUAAAUUAUUCAUCAUUUCCUUUCUUGGUUUGCUGACAGUGGUUCAUGCAGUUGCAGGAAGUGUGGUAUAUAACAACAUUGGCAUGCUUGAGGAACUUGAAAGAUUUGAAAUAGAUGAAGAAAAUGGUGUGGAACUUUCUGAUACCCCUUCAUGGACAAGCGAACGUGGACGCAGGGUACUCGUGAAUGUCGAUAGCUUUGGUGCAGUUGCAGAUGGAGUUUCUGAUCACACCCAGGCCUUUGUUAAAGCUUGGCAGACAGCCUGUGCUACACCAAAAUCAGUUUUUUUGGUUCCUCCAGGACGCCGUUAUUUAGUCAAUGCAACAAAAUUUAAGGGGCCUUGUGAGGAUGGAUUGAUCAUCCAGAUAGAUGGAACUAUAAUAGCACCUGAUGAGCCUAAGAACUGGGAUCCUAACCUUCCACGACUCUGGCUUGAUUUCUCUAAACUGAAUGGAGUUCUUUUCCAAGGGAAUGGACUUAUUGAUGGUUCAGGGAGAAAAUGGUGGAAGUCAUCUUGUAAAAAGAACAAGUCAAAUCCUUGCAGAGAAGCACCAACAGCAUUAACUAUUGAUUCAAGCUCAUCUGUAACAGUAAGAGACUUGACCAUCCAAAACAGCCAACAGAUGCAUUUUGUGAUCUCCCGGUGUUCAUCCGUGCGAGUAUCUGAUGUACUAGUCUCGGCUCCAGAAGACAGUCCUAAUACUGAUGGAAUUCAUAUUACUGAAUCAACUAAUGUUAUUCUUCAAGGCUGCAAAAUUGGAACUGGUGAUGAUUGCAUUUCAAUUGUCAAUGGUAGCUCUGGCAUAAAGAUGAAGAGAAUUUAUUGUGGACCAGGACAUGGAGUCAGUAUUGGAAGUCUAGGGAAGGACAACUCCACUGGCAUAGUCACAAAAGUGGUCUUGGAUACAGCAUUUCUCAAAGAGACAGCCAAUGGCCUCAGGAUUAAGACAUGGCAGGGAGGCAAUGGUUAUGUUCGUGGAAUCCGUUUUGAAAAUGUAAAGGUGGAAGAUGUUGCAAAUCCCAUCAUUAUUGAUCAAUUCUACUGUGAUUCCCCAAAAGCCUGCAAAAACCAGACAUCUGCUGUAAAAAUAAGUGAGAUUGUGUACCGGAAUGUUACUGGCACCACAAAGAGUGCGAUGGCCAUGAAAUUUGCCUGCAGUGAUACUGUCCCUUGUAGUAACAUAGUCCUCAGUAACAUCAACUUAGAGAAGAAAGAUGGCACAGUGGAGACUUACUGCAACUCUGCCCAAGGAUUUGGAUAUGGUGUUGUUCAUCCUUCAGCUAACUGCCUAACUUCCCAAGACAAACACUAUUUUGGUGUUGGUGUCACAGAUAUUGCUGAAGACUAUGAUACUGAUCAGACUGAAAUUGCAGAGCUUGCAGAAUCCAGCAGUGAGGCUAUUGUUCACACUGAGCUCUGACACGGCUACUUUCAUAAAUUAAAAUAACCAUAUUAUAGUAAUUAAUAUAGCAAUAUACUCAACUGGGAAAAUGGAAUGUAAUUGUAGAGAUUUCUUGGAGGAGGAUUGACGUUUUCAUGUUGAAUUUUAUGGGACUUUUACGGAGGAUAUUUAGCUAUACAUACAAAUUAAUCCAAAAUUAUACUUGUAGAAACCAAUAAUGCAAUUGAUAUUGGAGGAAAAAUAUAAAGUUAAUGAGAUCUAUACUAUUUUGUUUAUGGAA